AUGUCGUACAGUUCUGGCCAUCACAUGCACGAUGCUUCUUCAAACUUAUCGCGUACCAAUGUCUAUGGCCGACCUUCGCGAUCCCAAAUUGCGAGACCAGUCAAUCACACCCCUAGGAGCAGAACCUCGUCAUUCUCAGAUGCCGAAGUUACUGGUCCAGUAUCAGCGGCAUCGGCUAUUAAGCGAUCUAUCAGUGGAAAUCGCCUGUCCAUGCUUCCGCGCCCCAGCAUUGGUAGCACAACCUCCCCAACUACGCCAGUGUCCGCUUCUUCUCAGAGUUUCACCCAGCCAAUUCCCUCGUCGGUCUCGACCCCGGAGAUUAGCAAACCCUCCCCCUCGCCUUUCGUUGCUGGACAACAAUUGCCUCCGCCAAAACGAACACGGAAUGUUCUUCGAAGGAGGGCACCGAUAAUAGGGAAACAUGUGGAGCAAUUGCACUCUGACAAGCUUAGCCUUGUUAUUCCACAAGAGCCUCAUUCUCUCGUUACGAACAAUGCCUCAGGACACGGAAAUUCAUCAUCAUCACUUUUAGGGCAAUCGGCUUCCUCUUACAGACCUAACCACAAGAAUGACAGUAAUGUGGCGGUUAACUCGGCGAAGUCAAGCUUCAACGGUCCGGAGGAAUUGGCAAGUCUUCGAACCACAGUUGAUACCCAAAACUUGCCUGCGCCUCCGGCCCCCUUCUUAUCGGCAACUAGCCCCUCGACAAGAUACUCUGAGUCUCCGAGUAUUUGGAGUCGCGGGUCUACCCCGACGUCAUUAUCAUCAUAUUCUCCCGGUAUUUCAAAGAUUGGACGUCUGAGACAACCGAGCCCGUCUCAAACGAGAUUGCCUGUCUUCUCUCCUCCACUGGCACACGCAAGCCCUCAGCAAGAACGGCCGGAGCUGAAGACCCAAAAACGGGUACUUCCUACAAAGCCUUCUGUCUCAAGCUCAGUGACAACCGGUAAUGGCCAGAAGGUACCAUCGUCUAAAUCUCCCUCUACAGUACCCCAAGGCCCACCUUGCAGUCCGCCACCGAGAAAGUCCUCUGUCAACUUCAGCCCUCCAGAAUCUUCGGACAUCGACGUUGAGCAGGCUCGGAAGGAAGUGGAGGAAGCCGAGAGGCGUUUAUUUGACCCACAAAGGGUUAUGGCAUAUUCCCCUCACGGAAUACGGAGACAUCACAGAGUCCACCACGACCGAGCAGGGACGGGACGCAUCGCUUAG